AUGGUAGAUCGAACUCUUGCAUUGUUUAAAGCUCCUCUUAGCUUGCGUUCGAGAGUAUUAGCCAACACAUCGUUGAUUUGGCUCCACAACUAUACAAAAGAUAAGGAUAAGGAGAGUAAGAAGUAUAAAGAGAGUAAAAGUGAGAAGCUUUAUGAUGGUGAUGAUCACCAUAGAUCUAAGGGUUCCUCUGAUAAAACUGAGUCGAAAGGUGAGGAUCAGCAAAGGAGUCUAGGCACUGAAACCCAUACUGAGAAGCGAUCAAGGCGUAAGAGGGAUGAUCAUGGUGUUGGAGAGAAAGGAAGAAAAGAAUUACACUUUCUCGGUCUACUUACACUUUCAGACAUUCAGGAAUUUAGCAAAGGAAGAAAAGAAGGAAGCAAGGGACCCAAGGAGAUUUUGGUUAAUGAUAUAUAUUCGAUGAGUGGAGGAGGAUCUAAAGUGUCGUGGACUGUGACACCUGAUAUGGAUCUUCUCGCUGCCCAAACAAUCAUGAACAAGCAUGAAAUAUCUCAUGUUCCGGUCGUUUCAGGCGGCAGUGAUUCUCACAGAAUACACCCUGUUGGGGUCCUAGAUAAAGAAUGCAUCACUGUAACACGCAGAGCUCUAGCAACCAGGAUGCAAAAGCCUAUGCUUCCCUUCUCAAUGUUCUUGCACCUGAACACUGCGAUCCAGCUACUCUAAACGCCGAGGAUGAUCUCGAAAGGGCUAACAUGGUCCUUGAACACGCAGAGAGAAUGAACUGCAAACGGUACUUGACUGCAGAAGAGAUAGUUGAGAACUACUACUGAAACAUUUAGUAGCUUAGGGACUUUUGUUUCUAAUGACAAAAGUGCUUUGGAAAUGAGGCUAUACUUGUCUUGAAAUGAGGCUAUAUCAAUGAGGAUUAUGGAAAAUUAGAC